AUGUCCACAGAGUGGGAGAAAUACCGUGAGUUCAACGCCGUUGCCGCCGGCCUGAAUCAUUGGCAGGUACUCUCGGCCCUUUACUUCGCCCACAGCGGUGACAGCACCGCCCCAAUGAUCAGCGUGAUCAUGUGUACACAUGUAGAUGAUUUCAUAUGGGCCGCGACUGUAGAGGGAGAGUCCAAAAUGCAGGUUGUGCUCAGUACUUUUAAGAUAGGACGUGUUGAGGAGGGCAAAUUCCGCUUUUGUGGACUUGAGUAUGUGCAACACUCCGACUUCUCCAUUGAGGUCAAUGCCCGCGAGAACACACGUGCUAUCAAGCCACUGAGCUUGCCCAAGGCCAAGGCCCCGGAGCCCGUGACGAACGCACAGCGCACGGCCUUACGCUCUGUUGUUGGCAGCCUGGCCUGGGUAGCCCGCGCCGCGAGACCUGAUCCGGCAUACCGGGUCAACGCACUCCAGACCCAAAUCUGCAAGGCUACGGUUGAAACCCUCAGAGAAGCCAAUCGGGUCGUAGAGCUCGCAUUGAAAGAUGGCGACAGGGCCAUCUUGUUCAAAGGCGGACUACUCCCAUGGCAAGCCGGUGAGUUGGCAGUCGUCACGUUUAGUGAUGCCUCAUUCGCAGCGGAAGCUGGGUACAAGUCCCAGCGUGGCCGAAUCCACUACCUCACGGUCGCCAACAUUGCCAGGGAAGCCGAAGCCAUGACGCAUCCGGCACACUUCAUCUCGUAUGGGUCUUCUACCAUGAAGCGGGUGUGUAGGGCGACUUUGCAGUGUGAAGCUUAUAGCCUGCAACAUGCCACAGAGCAUGCGGAUAGGAUUCGAGCUGCGCUCCUUGAACUCCUGGGCCGUCUCCCUAGGCUCAGAAACUGGGAUGACUACGCUCGACGGUCUCUCUUUCACCUUCAGCUCAGCGACUGCAGAUCCUUGACGGAUCAUCUCCUCAGUUCGAUUCCCCGUGCUGUUGAAGAUAAACGCCUGGCCAUUGAAAUGGCAGCGCUACGCCAGAGCUUGUGGACGGAUGAAGAGGAAAGAACCUGCAUCGCCGAUGCCCCACACGGGGACGAACUCCGUUGGGUGCCUACACAUUUGCAGCUUGCUGACGCGCUCACGAAGUCAUUGAAGCCAUUGCUGCUUAAUCAGGCACUUGAGACAGGUUCCGUGAUAGUGCGCGAGCAAUAG